AAAGCCCUUGGUGUAUUUUGCGUGAGAUUCAGAGAUGGGCGAAAUGAUAAAGCCGAGGCGAGGUCGGGAGGUAGGCUAUUUAAGUGAUAGCGAUGGCCAUAAAGCAGACCCAAAUCUUCCCCCUCGAAAAAAACCUUGUUAAGAGUGUUACCUUUAAUGUACUGAAUGAACACUUGCUCAAUUCCAAUGCAUAUCCGAGAUUCCCUAAACACCACUUAAAGCCCAGAACAGUGAAGAAAGUGAGAAUGAAAAUGAGGAAGGAAAAACAAAGCAUCAUUUUUCUCCCAGGGGCUUGGAAUGGGCCGGAGUAUUUCGGCGCCGUGAUCGCUCAAUUAAAGGAGCGUGGAUAUGAACUUCACGCUCUUCACCUCCCUACUGCCGGCCUGGACCCAAAAAGCACACCAGUGGACGACAUAUCACUUUUCAGAAAACAACGCGCGCGCUGGCUGAUGAGGUUAGCACAGAGUGAGCAAGACGGGAUCGGUCAUUUGGUAUAUCUCGCCGGACUCCUGGGCACGGAAGGCGAGAUUCUUGUUGAGAAUGUUCCAGAAUGGGUCAAAUUCCAGGGCGUGUGGACAACCGUUGAGAAUGCACGGGAUAUAUUCUACAACGACCUUCCAGCCUCGAUGGCCGAUGAGCUUGCAGCGAAGUUGCUCCCACACGCUGCGUCCAUAUACACCCACCCGUUGGCCUAUGCUGGUCAAAAAAAUUUGCCGGCAACCUACCUCCUCUACACCCAGAACUAG